AUGGCUGGGAAGUAUCUGUUCACAGGGGGGUAUGUUGCUACCAUGGAUGACUCGCUUGGAGACUUCCCCAAUGGUGCGGUGCUGGUGGAAGAUGGCCUCAUCACAGCUGUUGGGAGGGCCGAAGAUAUCAAGAGCCCUGACGCGGAAAUCAUCGACGCAACCGAUGGGGUCCUCAUACCCGGCAUGGUCGACACUCACCGGCACGCAUCUAUGUCUUUGACUCGCGGCUUGGGAGCAGACCAAUCGCUAUUCCAUUUCCUGUCCAACACCUACUUGAGAUGGCUGCCAGCCACGAGUGUCCCCGACAUGGAGCUCUCUUCGUUCGUGGGCGCGUUGGAAGCGCUUGACAGCGGGGUGACCACGAUUGUUGAUACCUGCGAGUCCUUCCACUCCGGCGAACACGCAGAGGCUGAGCUCCGGGGGUUGCAAAAAGCGGGAAUCCGGGCUUUCUUCUGCUUUGCCAUGAGUGACGACGCAUACGGCAACGCCGCGGUUGGAAUGGACGGCUGGAAAGCCCGUCUGGCCCACGUCGAAGAGCUCAAGUCGAAAACGCCUUCUGACGCCCUCGUCCAGAUCGGAAUGGCUCUCAGUCAGCCCGGCACAGUUCCCUUUGACUUGACCCGUACGGAACUCAAGUUCGCCGACGAGCACGCGCUCUUCUGCUGCUCCCAUUCGUGCGCCAUCGAGAACUCCAUCGGCACCAAAGACAUCGAAGAACGCGCGCAACACGGCCUGAUGAUGCCGGGCCACCUCUACAUCCAUUGCACCAACCUGACGGAGCGGGAAAUUGGCCUCAUCGCCCGGUCGCAGGGUAAAGUGUCCAUCGCGACGGAAACCGAGAUGCAGAUGGGCAUGGGACUCCCGCCCAUCCGGGCGUGCAUCGAACAUGGUAUCCAGCCGUCUCUAAGCAUCGACACCUCCAGCGCGGUGGCGCCCGAUCUGCUCUCCCAGAUGCGACUCGCACUGCAGAUGCAGCGGUGUUUCGACAACGCCACCGUCCACAGAACCCGCCAGGUGCCCCUCGAGCUGGACUUUGGCGUUCGCGAUGCCCUCCGCUGGGGAACGAGGAACGGUGCGGAAGCCGUGGGAAUGCUGGAUCGAAUCGGCACCCUGACACCCGGCAAGCAGGCCGAUGUGGUCCUCAUCUCCUCCAAGCGCGCGCUGAGCGCAUCGGCGUAUCCCCUUGCGACGGCGGUUCUGCACUCCAGCCCGGCCGAUGUGGACACUGUUAUGGUAAAGGGGGAGGUUCGCAAACGCGACGGCCAUCUGGUCGGACACGACAUUGCGGACAUUCGCCGCAAGGCCAAGGCCGGGCUACAACGGAUCAUGGAGAACGUGGAAAGGAUGCGACCCGAGAUGACAAUCGAAGAGAUUCGUCAAUACCUUCUGGGUGCAGAGAAAUUGACUCGUUCUAACCUGGCCAAGGCCUAUUUUGGCGAAACGACGAGGGGAGAUUGGACGAGACAAAGAUAG